ACCAUGCUGAAUGCACUGCUGCUGUGCUGUGGGCUGCUGCAGGGGAUCCAGGCCAUCCUCAGUGCCGACCUUGCCCGCGGCCACCUGCAGAAGGUGAGUGGUGGGCUGGAGGGGACAGAGAGAGCCCGCUACUCCAGCCUGCUGCGGAAAGUCAAGGAGGCGUCUGCUGAGCCAGCAGGAGCUGUCCCCAGGCUGGGGUUUGAACAGAUGGCCCUGGAGGUUCAAGAAGCCGAUGGUGACCUCAUGCAGAGAGGUGGCGUGCUGGAAAUGCAGGAAUCAUCCACAGAACUGCAAGCUGCAAGCCGAGAAGAGCGCUCCCCCCGCCGCUGCGUCCGGCUGCUGGAGUCCUGCCUUGGGCAUCAGGUCCCCUGCUGCGACCCCUGUGCCACCUGCUACUGCCGCUUCUUCAACGCUUUUUGCUACUGCAGGAAAAUCAGUACCAAUUUCCCCUGCGGCAAGAACUAG